CGCGGCGGUAAGGUCUGGCUACGCGAGACCUCAUGAGCAGUGGUCGACUGUGUUUGCAACUGUUCUCGACGUCAACUCUUCGAAGAAUGGCACUCAAGAUUGGUGACAAACUUCCGUCUGUUGACCUUCAUGAAGGCAAUCCUGGAGUGAAAGUCAACAUAGCAGAUCUGUUCGCUGGAAAAAAGGGAAUCAUUUUUGGAGUUCCGGGAGCGUUCACUCCAGGAUGUUCUAAGACUCAUCUUCCUGGAUAUCUUUCAGACUAUGAUAAAAUCAAGACUGCAGGAGUAGAUUUAAUUGCUUGUAUUUCUGUCAAUGAUGCUUUUGUGAUGGCUGCUUGGGGUGACGAACACAAAGUGUCUGGAAAGAUAAGGAUGUUGGCUGACACGACUGCAAGUUUUACCAAGGCAAUUGGUAUGGAACUAGAUUUGACAGAGGCUCUGGGAAAUGUUCGAUCUAAACGGUAUGCACUAAUACACUCUGUUGGUACUAUUAAGCCAUUGUUUUGGUAG